CUGUGGGGGAGGAGGCCGCAGGUAGUCAGUAGAGACUCCAGCUCUUGUCGCGUGGCUGCGCUGUGGUCGCGUCUUUUGUUUGGAAACUUGGCCCCGACUGCAGGGACAGCCUGACAGGGUUCGAGUUCAGACUGAGAGGGGUCACCUGUCCGCCGGGCCAGGGAACUGCUAGUUGAGAGAGAGAGGGGACGGACCUCUUGACGACUGUUCCCGGAGGUUUGUCGCUGUUCACACCUGGACCUGCGAGGAUGGAGCAGCACGUACCGGGGUUGACGAGGUCACGUGUCGUCGGUCAGCUCCCACGCUACCCGUUAACGACCCUUGCGCAACAGACCCGUGACCUGUAGCGCGUGCGCCGGUCGCAGCAGGUCAGAGGUUGUGGGUAGGAAGCAUCGAGCAGGAGGUCAUAACCCGCAGUCGUGACAACCGCGGGGGACGCAGAGCCCAAACCAACAGGACAAAACGAGGACCUGUCGAUAAAACGUGACCUCGGCGCGACAAAAGACCAGAAAUCACCGUGACCCGGCAAACACGUCAGGGACAUCCAGUCUGGGGACAAUCUUCAAGUGACCUGGGCAGUGUCAACAGCGGGGGUGACAUCGUGUGACUCGACAUCUGGCAUCGAAGACAACAGUUUACUUGCGCAAGAAAUGAGAUUUUAAUGCUGAUUAAUUGUUGUACUUUCUGUGUAGAAACCGUAUUCACGAGAUUUAAAAAUUUACUAACAACGGAACUCGCUCUAACCGUAAGUCGUAUGCUUUUAAAAAUAUUCUUUUGAUUAACAACUCAAAUUGUUUGGAAAAUUUGUCAGGAUUGGCCAUACUUCAAAUUAGCUGUGUAGGAAGAUAUAAUACCGAUGUUGGAUUCCUAAGAAGCUGCAAUGCUGAUGUGGAAUUGAUGAUAACUGAUGGCUGUUAAGUUUGGCAUGGUGUGCCACUCGCUUUUUGGACAAGACUGGCGUGUAGUGGAUCAUGAGUGGAUACCUGUCUGAGGGCUACACACCCCCUGGCGGUCUGUCUUUCCUGCCCUGCUUUCAUGGUCCUGUUAAAGUUUUACACAGGCAAACAGCCGCCUGGUCAUAAAGCAGGUGUGUGACUCCAACCACAGCCUGGAAUAAUCAUGCUUAGUCCCUGUGUUUGUCUUCUCGAUACGAGCCGCCAGUGUUUGCUUUACAGACAAGUGUGUGUGUUGCUGUGUACUGUAUAAGGUUCUUUUUUGUGUCAAAGGUUGGCGUCACCUCUAACCCUCCGGCUAAACGGUUCCCCUCCCUACCCUCCCCCAAACACCGCUGUGAAAGGAAGAGAGAUGUCGCGCAAGGUGUGUUAAAAACAUUGUAAAACACCUGGCCAGCCACGGGCAGGCUGCAAUAUGUUGUGUUAUUUGCAGUUGUUGCUGAGCUCGACAGGCUCGCUCUCCUUUCUUCGACCAGCGUGUCACGAGACCGUCCAUCGUGUCGUCUGCUCGGUCCUUAACCCCGCCAGCCACCGGAACUCUUUUUCCAUCGUGUGUGUGUCGUGCGAUGAGAAGUUCUCGUCCUUUUGAACAUAAUAACAAACAAAUAAACAAAACUGUUUCGACGAUCUGAGGAGUGCAGAGGUGAGGGCGAGAAAACAAGGAGUUGAGAAUGACGGAACAUCAGGAGGAAGCUUCUAGGGAGAGGCCCCUACGGUCUGUGGGGCCCCUGUGUCAGGGCCCUUCUCUGUGUCACGGUGUGGACUUGGCAUUCUUGAAGGAUCUAAAAACUAAACACAAGUUUUCCCUGGCAUUCCAUCAGCAAAAUCAAGUAGCAGCAACAGCCAUCAAAUCCCUGGACUCGCUGAAUGACCAGAUAGUGCAGUACAUUUUCGCCCAAUCCUUCUCCGCCGGCCACAAUGCCAAGACCUUGCCAGCCGACCUUGACCUCAGUUCUCAGUCGCAAGGUGACGGCGGUACAGGUCAAGGCGCUCUGUCGCCGCGCGAGAGCGAGAGCCUGCAGGCGUCUAUGGUUCUGAUGCGCCGGCUGCUGCUGGACGCACAAGGCAAGUUCCGCAAGAUGGUGGAGGAGAACAAGCAGCUGGCCAUCCACAUCGACGGCACCAUCCAGGCGGCCAACCAGGAGGUGUGCGCCCUGAGGGCGGAGCUGGCCGACACCAACAAGAGACUUUCGCGGAUGAGCGUGUCCUCCGGGGACACGGGGUUCAAGGACGGUGAGGGGGGAGCCAGUGAGGGUCGUCGGAGCGGUGGGAGUGAGUGUCAGGGAAGCGGCUGCAGCUCGGGGAAAGACCGGGAUGUCAUCGUGAAGACUAACGGUGAGGAGAAAGCGGAUAAGGUGAAGGGGGAAGUGUUUUGUGAAGCUGGCACCUUGCUGAAGGUGAAUGGACGAGAACAUUCUGAGGAUCAGCGUGCAGGGAAUGGAGUGUACGAGCAAGAGUGCCAGGAAAAUGCAGCAUCGCCAGACACGUCCAUGUCGCUCUUGAGCGCUAACUCUGAAGUGGACAAGGUCCGGGAGGAAAACAAGAAGUUGAGAUGUGAAAUCGAGGCUGUCACGGCGGAGCUGAAUGAACUCCGGUGUGCCAAGGACUUUGGCGGCGAGAGGCCGAGCUACGGGGAACUGAAACUGGAGCUGAUCCAGUCGAGACAGGAGGUGAACCGGGCCAAGGAGGCUUUGCAAGCCAUGAAGAGCGACCGGAAGCGUCUGAAGGCGGAGAAGGUGGAGCUGCUGCACCAGAUGAAGCAGCUGUACACCACGCUGGAAGACAAGGAGACAGAGCUGCGGGACUUCAUCCGCAACUACGAGCAUCGAGUGAAGGAGAGUGACGAGAGCAUUAAACAGCUUGCCAUGGAGAAGGAGGAGUCGGAGAGGGAGAAAUGGGAGAUAAUCAAACGGGCGAGGGAGUCAGCCGAGAGAGCGGUGCUUCUGCGCGCGCAACUCGAUGCCAGAGAGCAGACGAUAAAAGAACUGCAGGACGAAGUCGCUAAGCUCAAGGACCAACUUCGGGGGAGAGUGGCGGACUCACCCAGGGACUCCAAUAACGCCACCCCCACACCAGGAGAGCUGAGCGCCGAGGAUAUCGACGACAUUUCUACGGCGACAACCGGCGACACCACACGGCGUCGGACAGCAGCUUCCACCAGGCAGGACAGGAAGUCGAUUCUAAAGACACCUCACGCACAAAAGGUUGAAAGCACCCCUAAAGCAAGCACACUAAAUGCGAAUGAAGACCUGGACGAGAUGCUAUCUCCCUUGAUGAAAUGGAUGCACAACAGCAGCUCAGAGGGCACGGAUCUGGAAGCCAGAGAUAUCAAAAAUAAGAAAAAGAAAAGUUUUGGCUCGCUGUCGCGGGUCUUCAGUCGAGGCCGCUCGCGACGCUCCAUCGCUCUUCCUCACAACGAACAUCUGCUGGAGGAUGGCAGUGGCACCAAACUGAGUCUGCUGACCGUGGACAACUACCAGGAGAAGCUCAAGACAGUAGACCAGAUGAAAGGGGUGCAUAUGUGCCACUGGCGUGCUGGCCAGGUGCUGGCAUGGCUGGAGAUCACCCUGGGUAUGCCCAUGUAUGGAAACAACUGUGCACAUAAUAUAAAGAGCGGCAAGAUUCUGCUCGGGCUGAGUGACUAUGAACUAGGGGCGGCCUUGGGCAUAACCAGUCACAUCCACAGACGUAAACUACGGCUGGCCAUCGAGGAGCACCGCGACCCGGCCACCAUACAAUACACACUGGCUCCCAACGUGGACCCUACCUGGGUGGCUCACAGGCUGAUGCCAGACCUCGGCCUCCCUCAGUACAGCGCCGUCUUUGAGAACAACCUCGUGGACGGCCGCAUCCUGAACUCUCUUGGUCGCAAAGACCUGGAGAAGCAUUUCGACAUCCACCGCAAGUUCCACCAGGCCAGCAUUCUUCACGGCGUUGAGCUCUUAAGGCGAAUGGAGUUUGACAAGGAGAAGCUGAACGAAAGGCGGAGCCAGUGCGAAGACUCGGACACUGACCUCUUGGUGUGGACCUGCGGUCGGGUCAUGAAGUGGACACGCUCCAUUGAUCUCGGGGAGUUUUCGGAUAACUUGCGCGAGAGCGGUGUGCACGGAGCCUUGAUGGUCCUCGAACCUUCCUUCAACUCUGACACUCUGGCGACCGCCCUCGCCAUUCCUCCCUCCAAGUGUUACAUUCGUCGACAUCUCGCCUCGGAGCUGGAUACCCUCCUGCGACCAGCCAGGUCUUACCAAACUGGACUGAAAAUCUUGAGAGCGGCGCUGGACACCCCCAACAACAACAGCAAACACCUGGAGCCAAGUGCCAAAUCGCACACUUUUACUCGGUCGUACCGGGGGCAGACAGCAGACGAGGGUACUAAAGGACGAAUAAGCUUUCGAGGAUCUCUGGGAGGGCUUUCGGAAAGAAAAUUCGGGACGACCUGAAGCUGGCCUUCGACAGCGAUUCCCCGAAAAGAAAGAUCUCUGCGCCGAUUCCAAUCCAGCAUACCUCUUUGGACAAUGUGGUGGAAAUACCCGGCGACUCCACUGCCGUAUGACAUCUAGAGAAAAACCACUAGAUGACAUUGCUCUGGCAAUCAGGCUGACAGCCACGUGGUCACCAGCACGUGACCCCCGUGUGCUUGACAUGACAUUUGACAGUCCGCAGCAUAAACAGACAAGGAUGCCCAUAAUGAUGGCAUCCAGAAACUUGCCGCUUACACCAACAGUAUUAGCUGCGGUGUUUUAUCAUGUUUUAACUGCCAGUUAUUUUUUGUAAGAAAUGUUUACGCAGCAGUUUCCAGUGAUUGUUGUUAGGCAGACGAUCGCUUGGCUGCAAGACAGGACCAAUGAGCAAGCAAGGGACUAUUUCUCUCUCGCAGUUGACUUAUUAUAGUAGCAAUCUAGUCAGGUCUGUUUCUAGAAAUUAGGCCCAGCUGAAGAAGACUCGAUAACUUCUAUACAAUUAUUUACAGUCGGUGCCAUGAAGAAAUAUACUAAGGAUGUACCGUACAUUUCCAGAGGAUACUUAGUCAAAUCGCUUUUCUGUUUUCUGAUAUUAGACAAGAACAUGCUGGAAAAUGUGUUUCCUUGUGUCGAUCCCCGGUAUUGUCCAUUAAAGACAAAAUCAGUACAAGUGAUGUGGUUAGGACAGUUCGCGUUAAUAUGUUAGCCAGGAGGAUUAAUGUCAAACAAUCAAAACAUAAACCUCUAUCAGCGAGUAAAAAUUAAGUAUUGAACAAAAGAUGCAUCAUGCUUCUUAAUUGAGCAGAACUGCCGUUGGCUCAGUAGGAGUUCUUUCCCUUAAAUUACACUGGAUUAUUUUCUGUGGGUUCAGACUUGCUGGUGCUAAUUUAUUGAACCGUUCCUGUGUAUUUGUGCUACCAUGAUUGUUGAUUAUGUUUUAAAUUCUAAUUCUUAUUUUAAUUGAAAGUCGGUUUAGAUUUUUUAGCGAUGUCCUUUUAAUGGAUGAACAUGUUUAAAUGAUACUUGCAAUAAGCAGCGAUGAAUGUGGAGAAAUUUUCUUUUUUGUUGAGGGUAAAAAAAAAACAGAAAUUUUACAAUACUGCACUUAAUAGGAAAACGACUGGAAGCCGAUUUUAACAUUUAUCCUCGACCUGCGGCAAACUGAACAUGUCAGGGUUGUGUGAAAAGGUGGAGGUGUUUUAACAAACUUAGGCCAGAAAGAGAGGGACAGAAUGCGUGAGUGCGCAAGUUAAAGGAUGUGUGAAGAAACAGUCCAGGGCAGAGUGCAUAUUGAUUGCAGCCCGUUGUAGAUGUUACUCGAGGAUAGUUAUUCAUCAUUUCAUGUUACUGUUCCAUAUUGUAGGAGAGUUGUGGAUCUCGGCAAGUGACAGUCUAUACCGGCCCCGUGAUGUUUACUGGGGACAUAAAUCUUUUCACUGAAAUCGGUUUUUAAGUAUUAAUAUUCUUUUUCACCCGUUCUCUCUCGGUCUCUUUUCUUCUCGUUUUUCUUCAUGUUUUUCGAUUUCUUGUCCUAAACGUACAUACACACGCGCGCACACACACAAUUUCUUUCCAAACCGAAGAGGUUACACUGGAGAGAAUGUAACCAAAGAGAUGUGUUACUUAGUCAGCUACUGGUUAACUGCUGAUAAAUCUAGACACUAAGCAUUUAUGUAUAUUGUAUAGUCUGUUUUUAUCCAUUGACUUGUAAUGAACUGUUUUAAAUAAAUGAUUCAAAUUUA